AUGGGUGGAAGGCAACCUGAAGUGGGUGAUCCCAAGCCUUCCGAGACGAAUGUAGUGGGUUUUCAGGCAGCUUCUUACACGUUGCAGGACGAUCUUCGCACCAUGCUCGAGGGCAUUGAGAGUAAAUUAGCAGCUAUGGCAGGGUCAAUAUCUCGUCUGGCGGCCACCGUGGAAACUCGUCUGUCAAAUUCUGAGAUGGGACCCAAUCUGUCGACUCUAGACAUGAAAGGACCGCUGAAACAAUCCGGCACCCCCGACAAUCUCCCACCCCUUGAAGUCAUAAUGGCGGCUGCCGAUCUAUAUUUCGAACAUUGUCAUAAUCGUCCUUAUUCGUUAUUCCAUGAAGUCUCUUUCAAAGCAAAGCUAGCCAUGGGCCAGGUACCUCGUGCUCUGGUGUUUGCCAUUCUUGCCAGCGCCGCGCGAUAUCCGUCAACCACUCCACUUCGGAACGGACCAGAAGCGAUCGCGAGCUAUGCAAUAGAGUCCUGGAAAGCUCUCGUGUUGCCCUGGAAUGGUAUCGAGGACAGAAUGGGUAUCAGUAUCGUUCAGACUAUUCUGCUAUUGGCCAUAAUCGAUUACACCGAUGGUAAGGCGCAAGGAUCGUGGAUCAAAGUCGGACUGGCGAUUCGAAUCAUUCAGGAUUUUGGCUUGAUGAGGGAGCCGGAUGCGUGGCUGUCGGUGACCGAACAAGAAGAGCGGCGGAGGGUAUUUUGGUCAUUCUACAUCUGUGACAAGCUGAUGUCGUGUGGGCGCGAGAAGCCUUUGGCCAUGCUGGACGAGGCUUGCAAAGUCCGACUGCCGAGCGGUGAAGACGAGUUCCGCAGUGAGAAGCCCUGGCGGCCGACGGCGACACUGGACGAAGUCAACGGUGAGAUGGGAGGUGUCAAGUCGACGCAGCUCAGCCCUUUUGCUAUGUCGGUCAGGAUAGCCUCCGUCUUGGGCCAAUGUACGCGAUACACACUCGGCGAACAGGGCGCGUCUGCUCAAGAAGUUCAGGCCCCCUGGAGUCCAACUUCCAGGCUGUCGACGAUCCAUGCAAAUCUCCUCCAGAUCGAAUCCGACUUUCGACUCAACAUCCCCCUCGCAGAAAUCGUCCGACAAGAGAACAGCAACAAGGACGGCUCCAUUGACGCUCACAAAGUAGCGCCUCUCAUAUUCUCACGAACCCUCUUCCAUCUCUGCCACUGUCUCCUCCGACAUCCGAUCAUGUUUCGACGGCGUCUUCUCAACUACCAGGGACAAGCGCCCCUGAGUUUUUUAGUUCAUUCGAUGGAUACUUGCCGCAGCCACGCGCAGGCCUUGGUCAAUCUGAUGCUAGAAGUCAAACAAAUGAGCUGUCCAUCGAUAUCGUCGGUUGGGGACCCUUUCUAUGGCUAUUGUGUAACCGUGGCGGCUACGAUCCACGCCCUCUUCCUCCACUCUAGUGACCCUGCCAUUGCAGAAGACGCCAGAGCCUGUCUCGAUGCUUCUCUGCAGCUCCUGGAGGGCCUGGCUAAGCUCUGGAGGAGCACCAGUUUCAUGGUCACACGACUGAGAUCGUUACGCACAAAUAGCGCUCGGUUCGCACCAUUUCUACACCCUUCGACGAGACCCGAUGUCCUGGGGCAAAUCGAUGUCACAGACAUUGUUGAAGCCCUGGAUUACGGUCGACUCUCCACGCCACUGAGCAAAACUUCCUGGGAUGCAUUCAACCCUUCUAAUAUUCCUUCUCCGGUGUAUGAUGACUUGUUGAACCUUUUUCCGCUCGGCUAUACGAGACCCAUAGUGCCCACCAUAUCGGAUAGUCUCGAAUCUUUACCGACGGAGUCCUGGAGCACGUUUCCAGCACCUCAACCAUGGCUAGACGACCUCAACCUUUGA